CGUACCAAGUAAUAUCGUAUAAUUAAAAAGUUGAUGUCGGCAAUCUCGAAUGAAAUCUUGUCGUUCAACGAAAACAACGUGGCCUCUGUUUUGCAUCAGUAAGAUACAGCUUAUAAACUACGUAUUGACCGAUCUGAUGCCUAAGGAACAGUACUCCUAACAGGAUGACAGAACAAAACGGAAGACGCGGUGGCAGAGGAGAUGGAGCUAGCCAAGAAUCAGAUAUCAAUGAGAGACGUGAACUCAGAAGAGAUUACAGAGAAUUGAUUGCUGAAACAAAAAGAGAAAGUUCUGAGCUGGUCAGACCUGAUUCUGAUGGCCUUGGGAACCUUUUAGAGAGAAGCGAUGAACUCUUUGGUCAAGUCAUCAAAUUACCUAACAGGGCCCCAACCGUGGAAGCAGUCUUAGAUGCUCAGUUCUUGAUGGCAGCUUCCAGCCUAGGCUGCCAGAAGGCCAAGAAGAUCCAUGUUGACAACAAGUUUGACCCCAAAGAUUUUGUUCAGAAGCUGAUAUCUUUCAUGGAAUGUAGAAGAUUGGGCAUUGAGGAUAGUGAGAUAGAGGAGGAACACUGGGCGACUCUAGGCAGAGGUGCAGCACCAGCUUUCCGUAGUGCCUGCAGCUUUCAGUUCAUGCUUGGCACAUUUGAACGAGAACCGCCUAGAAAAGCAGCUAGGAAAACCAAAGAUGCCAAUGCAGAGGAGCAAGCAGGCCCUGCAAUUGUUGCUAAACAGCUCAAAUCCAAGGACAAGGAUAAGACUCCAACAGAAGUGACGUCAGAGGAAGUGGAGAAGAUGGUAGCCAUUCUACACCAAGUUUGUAAAACAAGGGGAGACGGCACCUACGUGCCGAUCUCUUACUUCGACCUGGUCAUCAAUCCUGAAUCGUUUAGCCAAACGGUGGAGAACAUCUUCCACUUGUCCUUUCUGCUUAAGGACGGCCAUGCUAAGGUGUACCUGGACAAUGAUGAUCUACCAGUCAUAGUACCUUGUACGCCUUUCAAUGAGGAGCAGGAACACGAGCGGGUCACCAAGAAACAGGUCUUGGUCUCGAUUGACAUGGACCAGUGGAAAGAGCUGAUCGAAGUGUUCGAUAUUAACGACCCCCUCAUUCCGACAAGACCUGAACCUCCUCACAGCAAUGGGAAUAUGUAGUCAUCGCCGAGACUACAGUGCGUGCUGUCUUUGUGAUUCAGAGCGCGGUGGGGGCAUAGAUAUACAGACUCUCUCCAUUGAUGUGUACUUUAAGACAUGUUAGUUGUGCUCGAUGAGCAAGUCAUAGCCUUCCGGUGGAAGCUGCUAUUACGCAGCUUUGGGAAGAUAAAUAUGGACAAGGAUUCUUUAGAUCACAGGAUGUGCCAAGUGUUGUGCUGACUAUAGAAAAAUGAACUAGUAUUCUUUUGAAGGUGCAUAUACAUGGUAAAUCAUAUCGAUGAUGGACACACUUUAGUGGCAAAGAUUGUAGAGACGGUGGCGUUGAAGUUCCUAUGAUCAUGACGUACACAGCUCGCUUUCAUCAUACUCUGGAAUUCCCAGACUUCUGUGAGCGCACAUUGAGCUAUCGAGACGUCAACAAACUUUCAGGCCUCUGCUUGGCCACCAUUCUAUUCUGUACAUUCCAACUAUGUAUUGCA